GAACUCUAAUUGAGUUGAUUGGUCCUCUUCUGGAUCUCAUUGAAUUGCAUCGAUUUGGUACAAAUUUUCGUCUGUCCAAGAACGUCUCCCAUCAUUCACUUUUGAGAUGUUGCAUUUCAUCCGGUGAGACCUACUUCCGGCCUAAGGACAAAAUCUGGUUGGCUUCAGCAAGAGACAGCAAAAGACUUUUACAUCAACACUACUUGAUUUACGAUUAAUAAGACAAGAACCAGCAUAAUACAUCAUGGAGUCCGUCUUUCAAUGUUUUCAGCGGGGUUACGGAAAUGGCGACGGCUAUGCUCUUUCCGACACCCUCUCGCCCAUCCCUCCCGAGUCGCAACCAGAUAGACUCAACAACUUCUUUCGAAGCACCAACUUUGCCAAUGUGAAGAGAGACUUUAAGCAGGCGUUAUUGAGAAACUCGGAGGUUGGCAUGUCAGAGGAAGAAUAUAAUGGUUGGGUUGAGGUCUACGUUGCCUAUUGGAAGGCUGUCGGUGAACUAUUGGCUGCUGAUGCAGCACCAAAGUCCAACUCAAAGGUGAUGAUAUAUUUCCUCUAUGUUCGUCUUUGUGGUUUGGGUCUGCAAGUUGAUAUGCCUCCCUAGUCUCUGAGCCAUUAGGUUCGUUGAGCUCAUUAGUCACGUGUUCGGUUUAAACAGCCAUCCCGUCCCCUCAAUUCAAAGAUAUCAUUUUAGUUUCAGUUAUUGCUAAUCAAGUCGUUGAGAGAUUCAGGCUGAUAUAUUCAUAGGCGGCAUGGACAAAAACUUAUGAUGCCUGGAAAGAAUUGACAUCAGUCCUCCACCGCGGUUACAGCAAUCACGGAUUUCCAUCCUGGACGUUGCCUUGUCUCUAUGUUGCAGGGAAAUUUCUACGAAUAUUUGCAAUCAAAGCAGACGAGGCCACACCAACAAGCAUGAGUGCGGUCACUAGUUUUGGCGACGAUCUCAAUCCAGACGCUGAGAAGAAUGAGAAAUUGGAAGACGCUGCGAGACAACUCAACCGAAUUUUCAAUCUCUGCUUAAGUGACAGGUUAGUUCCUGCAGUAAAAUUCUCCUCUGGUUUCCAGUCACUAAUCUCUUUCAGAGAACCAAAUCUUGCCCUUUCAAGAAAAUGGGGUAUCUACUAUACCACUAAUCUAUUACUAAAGACCUACUUCAAACUGAAUCAGAUCGGUCUAUCAAAAAAUAUUCUCAACGCCAUUCGAGCCUACAAGGGCGACAUGCCACUUCUCGACAAAUUUCCAGCUAGCCAGCAGGUGACAUAUAAAUACUAUAUCGGAGUAAUUUGCUUCCUAGAAGAGAAUUACGUCGAGGUAAGAUUGAUAGAUUUGGUAAAGUUCGAUACCUUGUCAGAGGCUAACAAUCGCAUCUAGGCUGAAAAUAAUCUAACAGAAGCAUGGAACAAAUGCCAUAAAGAUGCAAUCCGCAAUAAGGAGUAGGUGCAUCGCCAAAUAUUCAGUCAUACAUGGCAUGUGCUUACAGACUUCAUAGACUCAUCCUCACGUACCUCAUCCCGUGUCAUCUCCUAACCACUCACACCCUCCCUACGCUUGCCCUACUUUCGCCCUACCCACGACUCCAAAAAUUGUUUCUUCCUCUAUCUCGCUGCAUCAAGAAAGGCGACCUAUCAGGCUUCGAUACAGCCCUCGUAGCCGGUGAAGACGAAUUCGUCAAACGUCGUAUCUACCUAACCCUAGAACGAGGCCGCGACAUUGCCUUACGCAACCUCCUCCGCAAAGUCUUCAUCGCGGGAGGAUUUGAGGAGCCCAAGGAACCCGGUGCAGCAUCAGUUCGGAAAACCAGAAUCCCAGUUGCGGAAUUUGGUGCGGCGAUUAGUAUCGGUAGUAAAGAGACGAUGGAUAAUGACGAGGUGGAAUGUCUUUUGGCAAAUAUGAUAUACAAGGUUUGUUUUCCCCCUUCUUUUUUUAAACUUCUUACUUGCCUUCUGCAUCUUUUCGGUUCCAGGUUGCAGCUCGGGCGAGGCGUACAUAGCUGCCUACCUAUCAAAUGCCUUCUUCACAAGGCACUCCCCUUCUCCUCGCCACGGCACCUCCUCACGCGGAGGAUUUCGGGUGCCACCACUGCACCAUGAGUCAAAUCCGAAUAAAAAUCUGACGAACGCCCCACAGAAUUUAAUGAAAGGCUACAUAGCCAGGGAUCGCGCGACCGUAGUGCUGAGCAAAGGCGGAGCGUUCCCCGGAACUGGUGUUUAACAAACGGGUGAACGGGUUGGCCGGUGAACCAAUGAACGAGGAAGAAUAGAAGACGAUGGUGAACGAAGCGAUCUUAUUUUUGAACGUAUGAUGGUUUUUGUUCGAGAAGGUUCGAGGGCGAUGGUGCGGCUUUAUGGUUGAGAUAUGUUAGGUGGGGGGCGGUACGGAGGUUGACUCAUACACUUGCUCGCUGGCUUCUUGGGGACUACACUGCACUGCAGUACAGUAGCUUGGUACCCAAAAUCAUGCAACCAAGCAAUCAAAUCAAUAGUCAAUCAAUCAAUCAACAUCUUCAGACUCACCUUUCUCGGUGACCAGAAAAAAUCAGAUCACGCCCCCACACCAUCCAUGGUCCAUCUCAAAUUCACAAAUCCUCACCAUUCCUCACCAUUCCUCACCACCCCUAUCUUCCCACUACCACACACUUCUACACACUACCACACCAUACAACCCACUAAGCCCAAAAGCAACCCCCUACACCUACCCUACCCCUUACCUCAACCCAGAAUCCCAUGCCAAACUCCAAAAAACAAACUCUCCUCCCCUAAUUCGUCAAUGGCAACAUCCCCGGGGUCCACGAGGUCCAAGAGCCGAGUUCGGGUAUGAAUAAGUGGAGUGGAGUGGAGAGAUGUGUGACUCAUUACUGGUACUUUGAUAGAGUACAUCAAGCCUACAGUACAUACAGUGCAUACCCCGGGGUGAACGUGCUAUGUGGAGUGUGGAGUGUGGGUGUGGAGUGUGUGUGUGGAGCUGGCUAAUGGGUUGGGUUUGCUGGGUGUAGGGUUCAGGUAGGGUUCAGGUAGGGUAUGGGAUGGAAUGGAUCGGAAGGUUGGACUAUGCGUGUGUGCUAGAUGAUGGGAUAUGGGAGGAAGAAUGUAUUACUCUUUUUGGUUUGGUGGCAGUGGAGUGAGAGGGGGGAGUUGAGGGGGACAGGGAAGGGAAUGAUAUUGCAUGGGAUGUUUCUGUGAGGUUGAAGGACUCGCUUAGGGGAGAGAAGUGGUGUUUGUUCACUUUUCGUAGUACUGUACAUUCCCCGGUUGACAGCCUGGUCUGUAUUGGUCUAUUUUUGUAGCUGUUGAUACUUCCGAAUCUCGCAUUCUUCAAG